UCGGGCAGCGCUCGCUCACUCAGACUCCCGCCAAACUAUAAACCGCGCGAACACGGCCAGCUCGAGCGCUCACUCAGCAGUUCGUAACCGGGAAAACUGCCCGUGUGUGAUCCAUACCGACCGAGUGACCGUGCGGCGCUGUACUGAGCCGAUACACAGAGUUUACUUUCAGUCGGAGUUAGUUUUUUUUGCAGUUAGUUUGUUUGACGGCCCGUGUCGUUGUUACUCCCGAGAUGUGGAUCCAGGUGCGGACUAUGGACGGGCGGGAGACCCACCGCAUCGACUCCCUGUCCAAACUGACCAAGCUGGAGGAGCUGCGGCAGAAGAUCCACGAGGUGUUCGGGGUGGACAUGGAGAAACAGCGGCUCUUUUACCGAGGGAAACAGAUGGAAGAUGGCCACACACUGUUUGAUUAUAAUGUUGGGCUUAAUGACAUUGUCCAGUUGCUGGUGCGUCAGGUUCCAGCUUCCGUUCCUGCAAAGGAGAAAGAGUGUGAACUCUCGGAUACAGAUUCGGGCUGUGGUUCAGGCCAUAGUGAUUCUGAUAAAAAUUCGAACAAUGGAGAAACUGCAAUGGAUACAGAGCCUACCCCAGCUGCUUCUGUAGAUAUUGGCCUGUACAAGAUAAAUGAACUUGUGGAUGCUCGUGAUCUCAACAUGGGUGCGUGGUUUGAGGCUCAAGUGGUUAACAAAACAAAGAGAGUUGUGCAGAAUGGGACAGAGUCUGAAGGUCAGCCUUCAGCAUCAGAGGAUGAAGUGAUCUACCAUGUGAAAUAUGAGGACUACCCUGAAAAUGGUAUUGUCCAGCUUACUGGAAAAGAUGUCAGAGCACGAGCCCGAACCAUCCUCAAGUGGAAGGAGUUAGCCGUGGGGCAGGUUGUGAUGGUGAAUUAUAAUAUAGAUGAACCCAAAGAAAGGGGUUACUGGUAUGAUGCAGAGAUUCAGAAAAAGCGAGAAACAAGAACAAUCAAAGAAAUCUAUGCAAAGGUGGUGUUGGGAGAUGCAGGUGACUCCUUGAAUGACUGCAAAAUUGUAUUUGUUGAGGAGAUUUACAAGAUUGAGGAACCUGGCUGUGCACCCGCUGGUAUUACAGAGAGUCCGCAAAAAAGGCAAAAUGGUCCAGAAUGUAAAGACUGUAAAGAUGAUCCUAAAAAAACAUGUCGUAUGUGUGCAUGCCAUGUUUGUGGAGGCAAACAGGACCCUGGGAAACAGCUACUGUGCGAUGAGUGCGACAUGGCAUUCCACAUAUAUUGCCUUAAUCCUCCCCUUUCCAGCAUACCUCAAGAUGAAGACUGGUACUGUCCAGAUUGCAGAAAUGAUGCUAGUGAAGUGGUCCUGGCUGGAGAGAAACUGAAAGAAAGCAAGAAAAAAUCAAAAAUGGCAUCUGCUAGCUCUUCUUCUCAGAGAGACUGGGGGAAAGGAAUGGCGUGUGUUGGCCGAACACGAGAAUGCACAAUUGUUCCUUCCAAUCAUUAUGGACCAAUUCCUGGUGUACCUGUUGGUACUAUGUGGAAAUUCAGAGUUCAGGUUAGCGAAGCUGGUGUACACAGACCACAUGUAGCUGGUAUCCAUGGAAGAAGCAACGAUGGUUCAUACUCCCUGGUAUUGGCAGGCGGUUAUGAGGAUGAUGUGGAUAAUGGGAAUGAAUUUACUUACACUGGUAGUGGAGGACGUGACCUUUCUGGAAACAAGCGUACAGCUGAGCAGUCAUGUGAUCAGAAAUUAACAAAUAUGAACAGAGCUUUGGCACUAAACUGCAGUGCUCCUAUCAAUGACAAAACUGGUGCCGUAGCAAAGGAUUGGAAAGCCGGCAAACCAGUGCGAGUUGUGCGUAAUGCUAAGGGACGGAAACACAGUAAAUAUGCACCAGAAGAUGGAAACCGCUAUGAUGGGAUCUACAAGGUAGUGAAGUAUUGGCCUGAACAAGGGAAGUCUGGGUUCCUUGUAUGGCGCUACAUGCUGAGGAGAGAUGAUGAAGAACCAGCUCCAUGGAGCAAGGGUGGCAAGGAAAGAGUAGAAAAGCUUGGCCUCACUUUGCAGUAUCCUGAAGGUUAUUUGGAAUCUGUCUUAAAUAAGGAGAGGGAGAAGGAAAAUAAGCUGAAUGAUCUGGAAACUCCUGAAAAAGGAAAACGGAAGAGGAAAUCUGAUAAAGGUGAUGUUCUUGAAGUACUUGAUGGAACUCCAAAGAAAGUAAAGGUGGAACUAUACAAGCUCAGCACAGAGCAGAAAGCUCUUAUUAAAGAGGAUACACUGAACACAAAAUCAUGGAAUGAAGUAAUGCCAUUCCUUAAAGAAGGACCUAAAUUUUUGAGCAAGGUCGAAGAAACAUUCCUGUGUAUAUGCUGCCAAGAAGUAGUCUAUGAACCAAUCACAACUGAAUGCUUGCAUAAUAUUUGUAAGGGUUGCCUGGAUCGUUCCUUUAAAGCAUCUGUGUACAGCUGCCCAGCCUGCAGAUUUGACCUGGGCAAAAACUAUUCCAUGAGUGUGAACAAGCCACUUCAAACCAUCCUCCUACAACUGUUUCCUGGAUAUGAACGUGGACGGUGAUAAGGAUGCAUAUAUUGAAUGAUCUGCCUUUAUCUGUAUGGAUUUAAGGGACUGUUUUUUUGUGAAUCCUGUUAAUAGGAUUAUUUUAAAAUUCUUCCUUUCCUAUUGCAGAUGUAUAUCUGUACUGUGGGGACACUUCAGGUUUUGGAAAUCUAAAGUUGUCUUUCUACCUGUAAAAUUAAGGCUAAUUGGGAUACUAUUGUCUUGUUAGAAGCCUGGACAGGUAUACUCAGAUUUGACUGUCGUGUGCAAAGCCGUUUUGUCUCGUAACCCAUUUCCCUUUGGAGAGUUGCAGCACCUAUUUGCUUUUUUUUUCUUGGUCCAGGGAUAUCCUUCUACCUCAAUCAGACCUUGACUGUUUGUUUUUCUCUCAAGACUGCAUGCCUGCCAUAGCCGCAGAAUGUUCAGUCUCACUGCCAUAAGUGCUUUAGGUAGAUUGGUCUUGAAUUUGUUUCAUGAUUUAAUGUUUUUUUUUAUUUUUAGCAUUUAAAUGUAAACUUUUCAAAUCGUGGGGCUUCAUUUUGAUAAAUUUGCAAAUAAAUGUGCCUCUUGAUUUUUGUAUCAACUCCUUGGUUUGCUGGUAGCUUCCAGUUUUGUAGUUUGCCAAGUUACAGAUAGCAAUUUUUACACGUCCAAGCUGUUUAAUUUUUAUUAUACAAAAACUGGCCUAAAUGAAAUAUAUUACUUUUCCACUAGCUGUGUAUUCUAAGUAGUCUUGCUUAUCUAGCAGUACUGUGCCAUUUUUAUCAGUUCUAUAUUUUGAUUGUUUGGACUUUACUUUCAAGUGGUUUGCAGCUUUUUAUUACUGGUGUAUCAGGAGCCCAAUGUAAACCUAGCAGAUUUUUUUUUUUAAUAUUUUUCCACUGGUUGUUUUCCAAAUAGUAUUGCUUAUCUAGCUGUACUAUAUGUAAUUUUAAACUUUUAUUUUCUUCCCCUCAGUUUUUGGACUAGACUUUUGAGUGAUUUGCAGGUUUUUUUAGUCAUGCUUUAAGCCCAAUGUAAGGGGAGCAGAAAGACGUUUUAAACUAUAUCUAUUAAACAAAAAUGGCCUAAAUAAAAUGUUUCUUCCUCCA